AUGGCUGGGCCGACACUCGAUGCGGAGCUCUCCGCCCAGCAAGGCAGAAGUUGUGGCUCCCCAGCGAGCCCACCUCCUCCGUCAGUACAACAUCCCAUCGACGAGCUUGAUAUCACAGGUAAUACUAGACCAACCACGCCCAAGGAGCAGCCUGACAGCCUCGUCCAAGCUCUGUUCAUCACGGGAAGCAUGGAGAAGAACAAUCCAGCCCCGCCAGCAGAGGAUACUCCCGACACCAGCGCCGCAACGCAGCCUAUCCUCCCGCGAGACCGCCAGGCACGAACAGCAACCUAUGACUAUGCGUACGAGAAGUCGAUGAGCCAUGCGGAAGCACGGCUGUUCUACCAGCGGCAUCAGCUUGCCUCCCGUAGUGUCGAUGGUGACUCGCCGCAGAGCCCUGACAUGCCACCAAGAUCGGUACCGAUUCUACCAGGUCAUGGCCCAACGUCAGCAAGCAAUUUCGAUAAUGAAUCGAUCAGUAGCAUGUUGCCUGGUCCAUCAUACUCGGUGACAUCGACACCGCCGGGAAACUCGCAGUCAAUGCGGCGAGAGGAUAGCAGCUUGAGCAUCGCGGAGAGGUCGGCAAGAGCUCAUGUCCUGCCGACGGUGGGUAUGCCCGGUGACGCAUCGCAGAGCGCUAUUCAAGGAAACGUUGGCAUGAGCGUGGGAACUGGUAUACCGUAUGCGAUGGGAGGUUAUGCGCCUAAUGAUGGAGCGAUUACGGCUGAGUUGAGCGCUAUAUGUCGCAAGAUACAGGGCCUGCUAGAUACCAGACAUAAAUACAUGCGUCUAUCAUUUCAGCGAGCAGGUGAUAACCCUAGAGAUGAGCCAGGUUGGGUCAUCUAUCCGCCUCCACCUGAGCCAGCGUGGGAGGAAGAUAAAGAGCGGCUCGGCACAGGGAGCAUGUCGAGCAGCUUCGUCAUGGCCUCGAAGGGAGGGUCCAAACAGGGUGAAUCAGACCCAUCACCUCAUGCAAGUUCUGCUAAGAAGAAACGAAAGCCUGGUCAGGACAUAGGGGAGGAUUUUGACAUGAACGACCUGCUUCCGUUACCCGAAGCAUCGACCAUGACCUUCAAAUUAGAUGAUAACAGUGUUUAUCAGGUUUAUGAGACUAAAGCUGCCUGUGACCUUAACCAACCUGUCAUCCAGAUCCCUUCCAUCCGUGAUUUCUACAUGGAUCUAGAUGGCGUUCUCGAUGUGUCUACUGACGGGCCUGUGAAGUCGUUUGCAUUCAAGCGCCUGUCCUACUUGGAAGGCAAGUUUCAGCUCCAUACGCUGCUGAACGAAUACCAGGAACUCGCAGACAGUAAGAAAGUACCACAUCGAGACUUUUAUAAUGUCCGCAAGGUUGAUACCCAUGUCCAUCACUCGGCGUGUAUGAACCAGAAACAUCUACUUAGGUUCAUCAAGAGUAAGAUGAAGAAGUGCCCAGAUGAGGUAGUGCUGUUUAGAGAUGGAAAACAUUUGACACUAAAGGAGGUGUUUGAGAGUAUCAAUCUCACGGCUUAUGAUUUGAGUAUUGAUACUCUAGAUAUGCAUGCUCAUACGGAUUCAUUCCACCGGUUUGACAAGUUCAAUCUCAAGUACAACCCCAUUGGCGAGUCCCGUCUGCGAGAAAUCUUCCUGAAGACGGAUAACUACAUCAAGGGGCGGUACUUGGCGGAAAUCACCAAGGAAGUAAUAUCCGACCUCGAGUCGAGUAAAUACCAGAUGGCUGAAUGGCGGAUCUCCAUCUACGGCCACUCCCUAGGCGAAUGGGACAAGCUAGCUGCCUGGGUUGUUGACAACAAGCUCUUCUCUCCCAAUGUCCGCUGGCUCAUCCAGGUACCCCGGCUCUACGAUGUGUUCAAGUCAAGCGGUAAAAUAGAGAACUUUGAAGACAUCGUGCGCAACGUCUUCCAGCCGUUGUUUGAAGUCACUCAGAACCCCAACAGUCAUCCGAAGCUACACGUCUUCCUCCAGCGUGUUGUCGGGUUUGACAGUGUUGAUGAUGAGAGCAAGGCCGAGAGAAGACUGUAUCGCAAGUUCCCAGUCCCCAAGCAAUGGGAUACUAAGCAGAACCCGCCUUACAGCUACUGGAUCUAUUUCAUGUUUGCAAACAUGGCGUCACUGAACACAUGGAGAAAACAGCGCGGAUUUAACACGUUUGUUCUCCGACCUCACUGCGGAGAGGCUGGUGAUCCGGAUCAUCUUGCUUCAUCCUUCCUGUGCUGCCAGGGUAUCUCUCAUGGUAUCUUGCUCCGUAAAGUCCCUCUGCUGCAGUACUUGUUCUACCUCGACCAGAUUCCGAUUGCUAUGUCGCCGUUAAGCAAUAACGCGCUGUUCUUGAGUUACGAUAAGAACCCGUGCGCUAAUUACUUCCGUAAGGGCCUAAACAUCUCGCUCUCCACUGACGAUCCGCUGCAGUUUGCGUUUACCAAGGAGCCGCUGAUCGAAGAAUAUUCUGUUGCCGCACAGAUCUACAAACUCAGCGCAGUUGACAUGUGCGAGCUGGCCAAACACAGUGUAGACCAGAGUGGGUUUGAGUUGGCAUUGAAACACCGCUGGCUGGGGAGUAAAUGCCAUCUGCCCGGCCUGGAAGGUAAUAACAUGGCGAAGAGCAACGUACCGGAUUUACGUGAGGCGUUUAGAUAUGAGACACUAACCGGAGAGCUAUCACUGCUGGACCGUUAUGCGUCCGCCACACCGAAUAACGCCCACACCCCCAAGACACUGACCAAGGUACCUUCGUUCUCCUACCUGAAGAACAACGACAACCCGCCCAGCACCGUUGCAGGGGCCGGUACUCCAGAGCACGCAACCCCCCCGGUGGCUCACACGCCAGGGCGCCAUCCCUCGUACUCCGAUGCAGAGUCCUAUGCCAACUCGAGCAAACCCCAGACCGCCAGUGGCACGCCACAGGAACAUGGCUUUGGCUCGAUGCCAGCACAGGCGAUAUUCCCGGGGAUCGUGCAUGCGCGGGCUCGCAAGGACAGCACCCUUUCACGGACUUCCGAGGAUAGAGCGAACUCGGAGGACGCACACGAGCUGUCGUCGGGGCAGGGAGGACAUGUCUGGCGCUCGGAGAACCUAGACAGCGACGACGACUGA